AUGAAUGUUUGUGGAGGUAUGAAUAGUAAAAUAGACGAAGUAUGUGAGAUGAUGAGUGAAAGAAGAAUUGAUGUAUUAGGAGUAAGUGAAACAAAAAAGAAAGGCUGCUCUAUUACUACUUAUGACCGAUAUACUAGGUACUGGUCUGGAGUUAAUGACUCUGAAAGAAGCAGCCAAGGAGUGGGAGUUAUUUUGUCAGAGAGAAUGAAUGCAUCUGUUAAAGAAUUUGAAUUUGUAAGUCCUAGACUCCUCUGGAUACGACUGAAAGUUGGUUUGACCCGUAUUUUUCUCCUUUGCGCUUAUGCCCCGGAUAUGUCCAAGCCACCAAAGGUCAGAGAGGAUUUCUGGGAUAGUGUAAGAGAGAUUAUGACUAAAUGUAAGGAGAAUGAAAGAAUUAUUUUGAUAGGUGAUUUUAAUGGCUGGGUGGGAAUCCGUCGCGAUGGAUAUGAAAGGAAUUUAGGAAUGUUUGGAGAUAAAAGAGUGAAUGAAAAUGGUGAAAGUUUAUUAGAAGUAUGCCUGGAGAGAAAUCUGGUGAACGACAUCGCCGAUUCAUGA